GACGGAGAGAUAAAGGCCAGAAACACAGAACGGAAGGUCAGUUUCACCGGAGAAAUUGAGCCAGACACGGAGGAGGCAUCAUUGGCCGGUCCUCGCUGUUAAACCAGAUGAGUGAGUUACAGAACGAACCUUCCUCUCCUCCUCCUCCGCCGCCGCCAGCAUCCUCAGAAUCGCCUUCUAGCCCACCGUCUGCACCAUCGGACGACCCUCCUCCUUGUCGUUUCGAUCCCUGCCGCACAAUUGGUAUCAUCAAAAGGAAAGCAUUGAUAAAAGACUUGGCAGCUGUCUACCAUGCUGAGUGUCUUGCUUAUUGCCAAGAGCUUUUAGAACUUCAAAGAAAAUGUGAAGAGCCAUACCCAGAUAUAAAAGUUGCAGCAGAUUCAAGGAAAGAAACAAUGAGGCCACCAAAACGACUGAAGAAAUCACGCUAGGUUUGUUAUUUGUCAACUUUUCACAUCACUUUUUCAUUCUUAAUAUUAGAAGCAUGUCAUGUAUUAUUGUAUAUAAUUAACUUCAAGUGAGGUGUACUUGUUCUAAAUGGUUAUCCUUUCUACUUAGUUUUUAUGUACCGAUGAAAAUGCCCAUAUUCUUAGAUACA